AUGGGUGGUAGAAGAAAAACAACUAAAAAGGGUUCAAAAAAGAGUCCAAAAAAGAGAACACCAUCUAAAAAGAUUGAAGAUCAUGAAAGUGAUACAAGUGAUAACAAUGAAGAUGUUACUGACAGUGAAGAAGAUGUAAAAAUGGAUAGAGAUGAAGAAGAAGAAGAAGAAGAGGAAAAUAUUGAAGAAGAAGAGGAAGAAGAAGAAGAAGAAACAACUACAACAACUACAACUAAUAAUAAUAAUAAAAGUACAGAUAAUAUUAAAGGUGUUAUCUUUUCUGGUUUAUCAUUGGCAAUAGAUUGUAUGACAAGUUUUAUUGGUCAGAAUUUCUAUUUACUCUCUGGUAAGGAAUGGGUAGAUUCACCGGAACAAGUUGAAACAGAGAUAUUGCGAUCGGUCAAGGUCGAUUACAUUCCCGAAAAGUAUUUGUCAUCGUUUCAGAGUGGCGAUCGAUCGACUUGGGAGAUUCCAUUGGUACACAUGGUUUUGAUGGUCAUCACUCAUCUACUUCAACAGAAAUACCAAGCGAUGCCGUUGUUCAGUCAGCAGAUGAAACUGUCGAAACUUGCGGUGCAACUCUAUACCGACUAUGUUCUGGGCAGUGUGUCUACAACCGAUACCGACAAGGUUGAUGGUGAAAUCGAAGAGUUACUAGCGUUACUGGCAUCGUUUGGUGUAGCGACACAGGCAACCGAUGCCAUUAGAAACAACAAGUGCAGUCAGAGUGCCAUCUCCACAGAGAAGGAAGCAGUCGAGAUGCGAAAGUUAAUCAAAGAGUUGAUUGAAGAGGAGAAAUACACGGAAGCUGCCAAAACUGCUGGCGAAGGUAUUGCGCUCUACGGACUGUCAGUUGAUUCGCUUGCCAAGUUUUACUUUUAUCGUGCCUACUCCAAAGAGUUGCAGAGAGCAGCUGACAAGUCAACAUCGCAAACCGAGAGAGAAGAUAUCCUCUUGGAUCUAAGUAGAAUGAGAAGUAUCAAACCGGGCUGGAAGUACUGUUCGCUGUUGCUGUCAAUCGUUCAGAGCAAUGACGGUAAGCAUCAAGAUGCUAAAAAGUCGAUCAAUGCAUGUUUGAAACUCGACCCCACCAGCAAACUAGCCAAGAAAAACAAAAAGAUAAUCACCACACAAUUCAAAUUGAAUAAGGAAAAUAAUAAAGAUAAAUCAACAACGAAAACAAGAAGAUCUAGAAAAUCAACAGCAUCAGCAACAACAGAGAAUGAAGUGGAUGCAGAACAACAAUUACAACUUGCAAUUGCUAAUGGUGAACAACAACUACGACAACAACCAAGAGAACCACAAUUCAGAUUCAAACAUCUACCUGGUGUAGCUAUAGAGAAUGCCGGAGAUUUGAAUAAUCUAAAGAAUAUAUUGUCGAGUAAAGAGAGACAGUUGUAUGUAACAACUUUUCGUAGGGAGAGCGGUGCUCAUCUAGAGAGUGGAGUAUACCCACCUGGUGUGAGUGAUGCCGACCAGUUUGACAUCUCAAAGUUGUUCACCGAUAUGUACAACCGACAAGCGACCCGUGUGGUACUUGUGGAACGUCCCAUCAAGUAUACAGACACCGGUAACAUUCAUGCUAUAGUAAUCGAUUUCUACGGUGGUUUCAUCGAGUUGAUUAUGAAUGGCGGCGGACUAGACUCACAGGAUGCAGUGGACGAGCUCUUCUCCGUUGGAAUGCGUCUCACCGUCAUCAAUGGCAAGACUAUCGAUACAACCAACGGUAAGAGAAUCCUUCAGAACGACACCAUGAAUCGAUUGCUCCGACACGAACCCAUUAAAUUCUCAUAUUGCAGCUACUGCUUUAAACACACCUCAAAGAUGCUUCGUUGUUCCCAAUGCAAAUCAUCAUACUACUGUAGUAAAGAAUGUCAAAACGCUGACAACAAGUUACUUCAACACAGUUUAAUUUGUAAACAACCAAAAAGUUUAACUUUAACAGGACCAUCACCAAAAACAAAAUCAAAGAAAUAA